AAGAAAACCAAGAAAGACUGAAAUACAAAGAGUAAAGGCUCUGCGUUUCUCUCUCAAGCUAUGGAAAGCUUCCCUGUCUCCGUCAAGAAGCUCUGUUUUGAUAUUAAGGGGAACAAAACAAAUGUAGUCAUUUGCAGCUACGAUGACUGUUUUCUUGUUAUUGCAACUCAAAUAGGAGGUAUGGGAACAAUACUGCAUGCCAGGAAGGAAGAAGGGGUGUCGAUCCAUCCAACCUUCAAUGUAUCUGUAUUAUUUGGUAAACGAGAUGAGCCAAUGCUAGUGGCAAGUGCUCGUCAACUGAUCGAACACAUAAGUAGUUCAGGCUCAUCAAGGUCGUUGGUGCUCUCUCUGGGUCUCAAAGACCAUUCAAUGGAGACAGUGCGAGGAAUCAUGUCUGCUGUGAUUGAGAAUCGUGUAUGGUAGACUCUUAAGCAGUCUUCGGUUUGAUGCUCGGGCCCUGUUUUCAAUCUUGGAAACUCAACGUUGUAGUAUUUUGCUGGCAAGGAUCAAUCUGUAAUCGCAUAUACACGCCAUAUUUCAAUUAACUCAUCAAAGAGAAAACAGGGAAAAAGAAUGCUUUGAGUUCCUUUU